UGGUAAGUUCUGACGUCCAGAUAUUACCAGAUAAUGCACAAGGAAAGAAUUGAAGGCAUAUUGUCAGCACCGAUAUCUUCGCCUGUCUUGGUGCCCUAUGUGGCUCAGUCAGAGAAUCGUAAGGGUCCACGUCGGUGGCAAUCGUUUCAUGAUGCCCGAGAACCGAACCCGAGAACCGAGUCCCAGACUGCCAUUCGUGCGAUAGUUACACUGCGGAAGACAUGGAUAUCGAAUACGGCCCUUGUAGCUAGACACAGAUACCAGCAAUACUGGAGACCAACAGGUGGGGAAGCGUGUUGUAUAGUGAUCGAUUCACAAACUCCCUAGCGGGUUUUCAUACCACAAACAGGAAUGAUCUGUCCAAGAUAUCACCAAUCUUGAUAUCUACCCAAAGUAGCCAAGUGUCACAAUUCAUUGAUUCAGAGAAUCAAUGCAGAGGAAAGAAAAACGGGCUGGAAUUGCUUCGGAUCCAGAUCUAUAUAAACACCAAAGAUAGCAUCGAAAAUAUAUUUUCAUCUUCACAUUCACACUGAGAUACCAGGCCUACAAGGAACAACAUUCUCUUCACCUUUUUAUCAAUAUGUCGCAAAGAUUGCUCCGUGACCUACCCGAGAUUGAUCUCGUCUUCCCCAGUACUCUGGUACUGGAAGAUGCAGUCGAGUUCCUCCGGAAGGAAACGUUCGAUGGUGCGGUGAACCACUGUGUCCGCUGCGCCUAUUUCGCUGUGAUCAUCGGCAAAAAGCACCCCACAUUCGCCGGGUUGACGCUCGACAUGGAAAGUGUUCUGCUGGGUUGUAUCCUUCACGAGGCCGGAUGGACCCAGACACCCGGCUUGUACUCGAAGGAUAAACGGUUUGAAGUCGACGGCGCAAACGCCGCCCGGCACUUCCUCCAGAACCACGCCGAAGCACCCAGGUGGGAUAAGCACCGAAUUCAGCUGGUCUGGGAUUCAAUUGCGCUGCACACCACCCAGUCUAUUGCGAUUCACAAACAGUCAGAGGUGCAUCUCAUGAACUUGGGUAGCUUCACGGACUUUGUGGGGCCACUCUUACCAGGCGACUAUAUUACAGUCAAUGAAUACAAGGCCAUCGUUAAGGCCUUUCCCCGUGGUGAUUUUAUGGAAAGAGGGAAGAAGGUUAUGUGUGGCUUUUGCAGGGAUAAACCCGAGACGACGUACGAUAAUCUUGUCGGUGACUUUGGGUUGCUCUUUGGGUAUGAUGGGAAGGGCGAGGGCAAAGAGGAGUAUGCAAAAGUGCAUGAGGAACAUAGUCGCCUAAUGGGGCCUCUGUUUGCUGCCUGGGAUGAAUGCUCGAAGUAUGAGGAGUAAGCUAUUCGCUACUGGAGAUGGCAGUGGUGCGAUACAUACCAGUGCACUAGUUGUGAUUGACGCAAGGUUCUGCUUCUGAAAGCAGAACUUGUCCACCAUGUAUGUAUGAAGCUGGC